UAGCAAAUUCACGGUUACUGUUGUUUCUUGACUCUCCCCACACACUUCUAUAUAUUAACCAAACCUACUCCUCCUCACCAUCCUUCACAAUCAUCGAUCUUCAACUAGAGCUUUGAUUUUUCGAUGGAAAUGCCGAUGGCAGCUCAAGAUCAGGAAUUCAAUCAGAUCAUUAGAGGCAAGCGUACUAAGCGUCAACGAUUACUGUGUCCGCUCCCAUUGGCAAUCACCUCUAGCUCAUCAAGUUCCGGAUUCACGGACAAUAUUAACACAGAGGAAGAAGAAGAUAUGGCCAAUUGCUUGAUUCUUCUGGCACAAGGAUCUCAUGCUCAUCAUCAUAACCCUAAAUCAUCACCCGAAACUGCCCAACUCGGUUUCGGUUCCGACGCUUAUCAGUGCAAGACUUGUGAUCGGUACUUUUCUUCGUUUCAAGCGCUCGGAGGACACAGAGCUAGUCACAAGAAACCUAAGGCGGUGGUUAACAUUGAAGACAAGAAAGUGUGCAGGGAAAAUUCAUUUAACGGGACGAGCACGAAUCUUUCGAUUCAAAAAUCCAAGUCUGGUAAUUAUAAGGUUCAUGAAUGUUCAGUGUGUGGUGCAGAGUUUUCGUCUGGACAGGCGUUAGGUGGUCACAUGAGGCGGCACAGGACGAUUGUUAGUGGUGGUGGUGGUGGUGGUGGUUCUGGGCCGUCUACCACAUUGAGUUUGGAUUCAGGAAGUCACGAGGAGUCUCAUCAAGAACCAAAGAAACCAAGAUAUAAUAAUACUAAUCUUCAUUUGGAUCUUAAUCUUCCUGCCACGGCGGAAGACGUUGAUCGUGAUCGUGAUCGUGAUCGCAGAGAGGUCGAUUUCCGGUUCGGAUCGAAAGAACAAGUUAUUGUGUUCUCUGCAUCUCCUUUGGUUGAUUGUCAUUACUGAAACUGAUCAUACAAUUUACACUAAUUGUGAAUUUUUAUUCUUUCUUUAAAACUAAUUGUGAAGUUUUCAUAUUAUUUAUUUGUUUAAUAUCAAUGAUCGACUCCAA